UUUUAAACAGGUGUUUCACUUACAUUGUGAGGUGAUCUACUAAUGCCAGUCUUGCAUGAGAGCUCUCGACGGCGACAGGAUACCAUUAUGAACAUACCUUUUUUCGUUGGGAUAUAUGUGUUGUUGUAUGGACCGCUGAUCUCAGGUGCGUGCAAUGUCACGCUCCAUGCACAGAGGGAACCGCUGAAUUUCACAUCGCCUAACUACCCGGGUAACUACGGAAACCAUGAAAACUGUUAUUGGGACAUCUACCCUGAAACAAGCGGCUACAGGGUUGUGCUCGAAAUGGUGUUUUCCAACAUCGAAUACUAUAGCUACUUCACCUGUACUCAUGACGUCCUUACAAUAGACGUCAUAAAUAAUGGUAAUCAAAGUGAAGCCUCUUCGCGUAAAAUCUGUGGCAAAAGCAGAUGGAAUAUUCUCAUCGAAGACGACCAACAUAUCCAUGCAGUGUUCACGACUGAUGCCAGGGGAACCAGAAGUGGUUUUCUAAUCAGAUACUAUGAGAAAAAUGGUACCGAAAUGUGCGGUGUACCUCUCGUAGCAACUUCUGUCGGCAAGACAUUUACCUCGCCUGGAUACCCAAACACCUACUUCCAGAGGCAGACAUGUAUUUGGACUAUUACAGCAGAACAUCAAAACCAAACCAUUCAAUUGUACACCAUGGACUCGGUACUUCAGAACCUCUCAUCUCGUGGAACUUGCAACAAUGAUUAUGUCACUGUAUAUAACGGUCAAUACGGUUCCUACCACCUCGGCACCUUCUGUGGCAACGAAAGACCUGUUUUUAACAGUGGUGGGAACGCCUUGAGUGUUCGUCUACGAACUGAUUCCUCGCAAGUCUACAAAGGAUUCAAAAUGCUAUACAAAGCUAUACCGGCAACAACGUGCAGCGUCACGCUUUCCGCAGGUUACAGUCCAAUGGUGAUUGUCUCCCCUGGCUAUCCAAGCAACUACGUAAAUGGAUUGGACUGUCAGUGGACUCUAAAUGCACCGAUAGGAAGCAAUAUAACGGUGAAAGUUUUGUUUCUUGAUUUGGAAAAGGUGGCAUCGUGCGUGGAUGAUUAUCUACUGUUUAAGGAUGGUUCAGCAAACGAUGCUCGCCAACUGGCAAAGAUUUGUGAUAGUAGGUCUACUCCCAUCGUCAGCUCCAGUAACCACAUGACCAUCAUGUUUCACUCAGACCAUGCUGUCACAGGAGGAGGUUUUCGUUUGCAGUACUCAUCUGCUUUCGACUGUGGAUUAUCAGAUCUCUCCGCAUCUUCUGUCACGUGGAAGUACUUGACUUCUCCUGGCUAUCCUUCGAACUAUUACAACAAUGUACACUGCGAGUGGAAAAUUAGAGCACCGUAUGGAUAUGAAAUUAAAGUUGAAAUUAUAUAUUUGUCGUUGGAAUAUUCCUCAUCUUGUUCGAGGGACUAUCUUGUCUUCAAGGACGGUUCAUCAUCUUGGUCACCUCAGUUGGGUAAAUAUUGCGGUGUUUACUACAGCAAACAGCUUGUCAGCUCCAUCAACUACAUCACCAUCGCCUUCCACACCGAUGGCUCUACCACGCGACAAGGUUAUAAUCUGAAGUACAAAGCUGGAAUAUUCCCAUCAACAACAACAACAACCACAGAGAGACCGCAUGUUUCUAAUUGCGGUAGUUCAUUGCUCAGCGCCAGCAAAUACUCCUGGAGGUCUUUGUCAUCCCCUGGGUACCCAUACUACAACUACAAUAACAAUAUGUACUGCGAGUGGACAAUAUCUGCACCUGCUGGAUAUAAAGUAAAGGUUGAAGCUCAGACUAUUUCUAUGGAACACGAUCCAUCCUGUUCUAAAGACUACGUGCUCUUCAGAGAUGGUUCCUCAUCUUACGCCACUCGGUUGGGUAAAUACUGUAGUGACGUCACCGGCUACAUCGUCAGUUCCCGCAACUCCAUGACCAUCACGUUCCGCACUGACAGUUCUAUCACAGACAAAGGAUUUUCUCUGAAAUACACUGCGCAGACGACAGUGUGUGGCGAAGAUGAUACGAUAAGCUAUGAGACAAAAUAUAUUGAAUCACCGAAUUAUCCUCUGUCCUAUCCCGACAAUGCGGACUGUGAGUGGACAAUCAGCACUUCCAUUGACGGAUAUGUAAUCCAUGUGGACGUGGUGUAUUUCAACAUUGAGCAAGACAGCAGCUGUUUCUAUGAUUAUGUACAGCUCUAUGAUGUCACGAGUUAUGAAAGCUCGAUCGGUCGAUGGUGUGGAAGAGAUGGACCAAAUACACAGACUACAGGACAGACAAUGAAGGUUAAAUUCCACUCUGAUGGUUCGACUUCCCUUUCCGGAUUUAAGUUGUCCUACUGCCGAAAGAAAUCCAUUCCCAACGUCCAACAGCAGAGAAACAGACCACCUGAAGGCACCGUCUCCUUCAUCAACGUCCCCAGCUACCCACAAACCCCGCCUACUGCUCCUGCUGUUCUGCCGUUCAUGUCUCCACCACCUCCUUCUUACAAUGAUGUCGUGAAGGAUGAUCCCCCACCGUACUUUCAGGCAGUUCCACUAUCAGACAUACAGCCUGUUGUCACGUCAUACAGUAGCGGUGCAUCUGAGCAUCAAGGGAUAGAUAACCCAGCAGGACCCAGCUGA